AUGGAACUGUGGACUUAUAGGCAUUCUCUUAUCGUCUUAAAGUCAGUCACGAAGCAUGGUAGUCUCCAUACCAUGCCGCUUACCCAUGGAACAUUUUGGGUCCAGCCCCAUGGUGUUCCUGGUUUCUAUAUGACAAUGAAAGUGGCAAAAGCUAUCGGUGAAACUCUGGGUGAGAGAACACCGGUUACUUUCUCAGAGGUGGGCGAGAAGGUGAUUGAAUUUCAUUAUGAAUAUUUGCCAGAAUACUGUUUUGCUUGUGGGGUAAUUGGGCAUCCCACUCGUCAGUGUGUGAAGAAUCAUGAAGUAAAGAGUGGAAAACUCACCUCGGAUGCACUGAAUCGGUUUACAACAGCUUAUUUGGGUCUGGAAGGGGAGAUAAACUUGCGAGGUAGGCCUAUUGCUAGCAGGCCUGUCGCACACUGUCGUGGAAUCUUCUAG